AUGAGCGUAGCCAUUUGCACCGGAGUUGCAAUGCAACCACCAGAGACGAUAGAGAAGCUCGUCUAAAAGAAAUAUACUUUUAAAUACUCUUUCUGUAAAUUUAUUGCAUUAUGUACUGUUUCAUGUAGUCUUUUUAUACAGUACUGCUUUCAAGUUGAAUUUUGUUCCUUGCGAUUGUAUUUAGAACAUCGAGUUGUAAUUUAGAAAAGGUAGAGCGGAGUUAUACUUUAAAAGUUGCUUACAUAUCAAAAGUGUUUACAACGUACCGAUACAAUAGUAGUCGACUUUAUUUCUCAGAAUUAUUUUUAAUUAAUAUUCCAAUUCACCAAGGUUUGCCAAAAUGUCAGACGGCGAGGAUGAUUUCAUGUGUGAAGAAGAAGAGGAUUAUGGUUUAGAGUACUCGGAGGAUUCAAAUUCUGAACCAGACGUUGAUUUAGAGAACCAAUAUUACAACAGUAAAGCUCUGAAAGAAGAUGAUCCCAAAGCAGCAUUGCAGAGUUUUCAGAAAGUAUUGGAUUUGGAAGGUGGAGAUAAAGGAGAAUGGGGAUUUAGAGCUCUUAAGCAGAUGAUAAAAAUCAAUUUUAAAUUGAAUAAUUACAAAGAAAUGAUGUCAAGGUACAAACAGUUGCUUACAUAUAUUAAAAGUGCUGUGACAAGGAAUCAUUCGGAGAAGUCUAUUAAUUCUAUUUUAGAUUACAUAAGUACAUCCAAAAAUGUAAGUAUAUACUACAUUCAAAACUUUCUUAUUUAUUUUUACAUAAAUAAAUUGAAAAUUAUUCUUUUUUCACAGAUGGAAUUAUUACAAGAUUUUUAUGAAACUACGCUGGAUGCUCUAAAAGAUGCCAAAAAUGAUAGAUUGUGGUUUAAAACGAAUACAAAGUUAGGAAAAUUGUAUUUCGACAGGUCAGAUUUUACCAAACUGGCAAAAAUAUUAAAACAGCUCCAUCAGAGUUGUCAGACUGAUGAUGGUGAAGAUGAUUUAAAAAAAGGUACUCAACUUCUGGAGAUUUAUGCACUUGAAAUUCAAAUGUAUACAGCUCAAAAAAACAAUAAAAAGCUUAAAACACUGUAUGAACAAAGUCUUCAUAUCAAAAGUGCAAUUCCUCAUCCUUUAAUUAUGGGUGUUAUAAGAGAAUGUGGAGGAAAAAUGCACUUGAGAGAAGGAGAAUUUGAAAGAGCACAUACUGACUUUUUUGAAGCAUUUAAAAACUAUGAUGAAUCUGGUUCUCCUCGUCGAACAACAUGUUUAAAGUAUUUAGUUCUUGCAAAUAUGUUAAUGAAAUCAGGAAUUAAUCCCUUUGAUUCUCAAGAAGCAAAGCCUUAUAAGAAUGAUCCUGAAAUUUUAGCCAUGACAAAUUUGGUUGUUAGUUAUCAGAAUAAUGAUAUUAAUCAAUUUGAACUUAUAUUGAAACAAAAUAGAAACAACAUUAUGGACGACCCUUUUAUUAGAGAACAUAUUGAAGAUUUGCUUAGGAAUAUUAGGACUCAGGUGCUUAUUAAGUUGAUAAAACCAUAUACAAGAAUUCAUAUUCCAUUUAUUAGCAAAGAACUUAAUAUUGAUGCAUCGGAAGUGGAAAGUUUAUUAGCAUCUUGUAUAUUGGAUAAUACAAUUCGGGGCAGAAUAGAUCAAGUCAAUCAAGUCCUGGAAUUAGAUAGAAAAUCAGUGUGUGCUGCUCGCUAUAAUGCUUUGGAUAAGUGGACAACCCAGUUACAAUCUUUGCACUUAGCUAUUGUAAAUAAAAUGUCUUAAGAUAUGAUCGCGAAUGAAAAAAUAAAAUUAUUUAAGUUUUACAAUAAGUCGUGUUUGUAAGUACCGAUACGUUAACAUCUUUAAUACAUGGUUAUAAUAAAGCAUACCAUAAUAUU